AUGGCUGAUUUAAUUCGUUUCACAACGUUGUCAGGACAUCAGAAUUUAAUGUUUUAUAGAGUUACAAGUGGAGGAUUGUCAUUUUUGGUAAAGUCCGACAUCAGUGCCAUAGUGGGACUAGCGACGAAACUGGAUAGAGAUUGUGAGUACGAGCUUGUAAUUGAACCAUUUAAAUGUUCACUGAUGACGAAAUAUGGUGUUGAAGUAGUCUCUUCAACAACAAAUGAAAAUAUAUUGUCAGGAGAUGAAUUUAAAAAGUUCUGGAUUGUGUGGCAGAACAAUACAAUUGCAUUUGGGAUGGGACAUACAGUACUGCUUAAGCACCGAAGUGCUGCAAAAGUAAAUCAACUCAACUAUGUCACAUUUAAUGUUAGCAACGACAGAGGGCAUGUUGCACAGUGGCAAUGUUAUUUAAGUCCAGUGAUAGAAAACCAGCCAUUAAAACCCAUAGAAGGCGGGGAACCUCACUGGGUUCAGGUAGAAGAUAAGCUCCCAGACGGGGCUCUGCUCGGAGGCUAUGAGAAUGAGUUCCUGUACAUCAUGAGGGGUCACUUGAGAGGUUCAUUGACUCCAGGAAAGUUUGUGCCCAGUUUAGGACUUGGAUUCAUCUCAUGGGGUGGCAACAGUCAUGAAUGUGACAUGCUAGAGAUAUUAUGUGGCUACAACUGUACCUGGGUCCCGAGCCAGGACAACAAGGUACCAAUAGGGGCAAUAGAGGGUGGACACUCCGAGGUGGGCCAUGAGGUCCUGUAUGUGGGCCGAGUGCACUACAAAGGGCACCUCAUCGUGGGCAAAGUCCAGCCUUCACACUCUUGUUGCUACUUCCCCUAUGGAGAUAGCGAACUGUCGGCUAGAGAGUUUGAAGUUUUAGUUGUACCUCAUAGAAGAAUACAUGGGAUUAUUGUUCCCAUACAGACAGACAAUUGUGCU